GUCGAAUUCCUUGUUUCCCUUGUAAAAUCGAAUAUCCUUUUGUUGAAAAUCUUUUCCAUUUUUCAAACUUUGUUCAUAUUUUCCUCUCAAAAUAGUUAUGUGCAAGGUGACAGCCUAAUUUCUGAGGUCGUAGCCUUCAUAAUCUUGAUAUUAUUCUUGACUAAUGUUACUCCCGAUGUUUUUAAUUUAAUUUCUCAUUUUCUUUCCUUCGAGUAGUCUAACUCUUUGAAAUGAAAGCGUGUUUUCUUUAAAUGUUUUCCUUCAUCAAAAUGGUUUUAGCUUCAGAGAGAAAGCUGGGGUGGGUUGUGACACCCCAAUAUUUUAAACCAUCUUAUUUUAAUAAAAAUACUCUUAACAAAUAAAAAAUAAAAAAUUUAUUUUAUUUUCCAAAAUAUAUUUUAGCAAGAAUGUUUUCAAAACAAAUUAUUUUGCCCCGGGAUUUAAUAAACUAUUUUAUAGCCUGCUAAUAUCAUUUUAUAAGUAUCAAAUUCUCUAAGCCCAAAUGAUUUAAAUUUUAAGUCCAAUAAUUUUUUUUGAGUUCAAAAAUAUUCUUGGCCCAAUUUUCUUAGACCAACCCUUAAUAUCAAAUUUUAAACCCAAACCCUAGCUAUAUAUAUGUGUGUCUAUUGUUCAGCCCCUUCAUCCUCUCCAAAAUACUAUUCACGCAGUUUCAUUUCUUCACAUUCACGCAACCCUCUGCUUCUCUCUCUCGGGUAAGCUUCUUCUCCAAAAAGAAACCCUAAGUCCCAGUGGUAAGCUCUCCUUCCUUCUGUUCCUUCAUUUCCCUUCAUUCCUCUGUUUUUGGAGAUGUAUUUAUGUGGGUUUUGUUGGGAUUGGAUGCUGAGGUAUGGUCUGUGAAGGAAGAAGAAGUUGCAGAGCAACAAGCUUAGGUUGGAUGCUUGUGUCUUGGAGAGUUUAAGCUUUGGAACCGACAUAACUCAUCGAAAUCGACAGUCGGUUUUUCGAUCGGUGAUAGCAUUUCAUUCAGUCGGUUAUGGGGGUCAAAAAUUCUAAUUGGUUUUUUGGUCGGUAUAACCGACCUACCGUUUGCUUACCCCUACGGAAAGUUGUUUAUGGAAGAUGAGGUAACAGAGAGGAAGAGGGAAGCCAUUUCAACUCAACGAGGAGCUCUAUAAUAUUGUCAGGGCAGGAGGGAGCUCAAAUUUGAUGAAAUUAUGGAAUUUUUGCAGAGCAUUUUCAUCUCUGCCAGCAUACUGUACUGGACCAGUCUCAGUUAUCCAUCUCAGUCGCUUACUGCAGCUUUCUUGCAAUUCCAAAACAUUACGCCAUGGAAAACAGACCCAUCAACAGAUAAUUGUACAUGGAGUUGUCGAGAAUCCAUUUAUCAUUACUAAAUUAAUCCAAAUGUACGCUGAUUGCGGGGAUGUAAAUUCUGCGCGCCUUUUGUUUGAUGAAUUGCCGGAGCCAAAUGUGUUUGCCUGGACGGCACUCUUGUCCUUCUUUUCCCGCAAUGGGUUGUUUUAUGAGUGUGUUAGCACUUAUUGCAAGAUGAAAGUCAAGGGCAUUUUGCCUGAUAAGUAUGUGUUUCCGAGAGUUCUGAGAGCAUGCUCAUUGUUUUCUUGCUUGGAAGUUGGGGUUCAGGUUCACAAGGACGUGGUUGUGGGUGGUGCUGAACAAAAUGUGCAUGUUGGGAAUUCUUUGAUUGAUAUGUACUCUAGAUGUGGGGACCUUAGGAGUGGUAGAUUGGUUUUUGAUUCGAUGAUCGAGAGGGAUCUGCUCUCUUGGAAUUCGAUGAUUUCAGGAUAUGUUUGCAACAAUUUUCUUGCUUCUGCAAUGGAAAUGUUGGGUUUGAUGAGAAUGGCGGGUUUUCAGCCCGAUAUAGUGACAUAUAACAUUGUGAUGGAUGCUCAUUGCCGUGUUGGUCGGUGUGAUGAAGCUUUGGAAAUAUUUAAACAGAUCAAGGAUCCUACUAUAGUCUCAUGGACAACUUUGAUAUCUGGCUAUUCUAGAAUAGGGAAACAUAAUAUCUCGCUUCAGAUAUUCGGGAAUAUGAUGAGUGAGGGAGAAAUUUAUGCCGACUUAGAUUGUCUUUCCUGUGCCCUUUCUUCCUGCCAACAUAUGAAGGCUUUAAGGAGUGGACAAGAAAUCCAUGCAUAUGGUAUUAAGGUGGAACAAUUGCAUGUAUUUUACCGAUCAGCUGGACCUGCCCUCGUAUCCAUGUACUCUAAGUCUGGGAAGAUUGAAUAUGCAAGGCGUGUAUUUGACUUGGUGGAUAAACGUGAUGUUGUUGCCUGGAAUGCAAUGAUUCUCGGGUUUGCUGAGCAAGGGGCGGGGAAUUCGGCUAUCGAGUGCUUCAGAGAAAUGCAAAACAUGAGAAUCGAGAAUGAUCAGACAACAAUUACGACUAUUUUGCCUGUGUGUGACCUGAAAUACGGUAAACAGAUUCAUGCGUAUGUUUGCAAAGCAACUUUCGGUGAUGCCAUUCCGGUUUGGAAUGCACUGGUUUACAUGUAUGCAAAAUGCGGAUGCAUACAAGCUGCAUAUUCUGUGUUUUCUCUUAUGGGUAACAGAGACUUGGUAUCAUGGAAUACAAUGAUUGGCGGGUUUGGAAUGCACGGUUUGGGCAAAGCGUCUUUACAACUCCUGCAAGAGAUGAAUCUUUCCGGCAUUCACCCCGACUCAUUGACAUUCACUUCUGCACUAUCGGCAUGUAGUCAUUCAGGUCUCGUUGACAAGGGGCUAGAAAUUUUCCAGAGAAUGACACAACACUACCGCUUAAGUCCCAGAACGGAACACUUCACUUGUAUCGUUGAUUUGUUAACACGGGCAGGUCGUCUUGAAGAAGCUGUCGACUUUAUCACGAGAAUGCCUGUGGAACCGGGGAAGCACAUUUGGGGUUCUCUACUUACCGCGGCUUUAGCACACCAAAACUUAGAUAUCGGAGUUAUGGCUUCAGAAAAUUUAGUAAAAUUGGAGCCUGAAAAUCCUGGGCACUAUGUGACAUUGUCAAAUAUGUAUAGCAGAGCUGGAAGAACAGAUGAUGCUGUUGGACUUCGGAAAAAAAUGGAAUGCACGGGGCUGGUUAAGCAGUUUGGACGGAGCUGGGUUGCAACUGGAAACUGAACAUUUAUCAUUUUCUGGUUCCAUGCAUAAUGGCUGACAUUAUUGGUUGAAUGCUUUUAUUACACAGAUUUCUUACAUAUCUAUAAUGUUUGAG